AUGUCUUUCUCGGCAGACAAAGUCAGUCAUCUCAAGGGCGCGUUCUCGCAGAGGCGCUUUUCGAGUUCCAAGGAUCCUAGCGAGAGUGAACUCGGAUCCUCCAUCCAUCGCCAAUUCCGCCAGUCGCACGAGGGCCACAAGCCACACGCCGGUCUCGACGCCACGCGCGCCUCCACAGGUGUCGUCUGGACAUCCGAACAAGCCUACAAGCACGGUUUCCUCGAGCACCCGGAAGAAUGGGCGAACCUAGGUCAGGGUGCGCCUGAAGUCGACGAUAGCAUCAAAGGCUGCUUUGAGAGGCCGAAGGAGGUCGAUAUCAGUGCCCAUGGCAGAGAGUACGGCCCAACUGCUGGUAUUAGGCCGCUGAGAGAGGCGGUCGCGACACUAUACAAUGAGCACCACCGCAAGUGGCGCAAGAGCCAGUACACAUGGGAGAAUGUGUGUAUUGUGCCUGGUGGACGUGCGGGUUUGAUCCGUAUUGCUGCUGUGUUGGGUAACUGCUACUUGGGUUUCUUCAUUCCUGACUACACUGCGUAUAACGAGAUGUUGUCGCUCUUCCGUAACAUCGCUGCUAUUCCCGUUCCCCUGGGCGAGGCCGACCAAUACCAUAUGUCUCCUGACAAGAUUGCGGAGGAGAUCGCUCGCGGUACUUCUGUUAUCCUUACAUCGAACCCGAGGAACCCAACUGGUCAGAUGGUCACCAACCCCGAACUUGCACAAAUCCAGAACAUCUGCCGAGACCGCGCAACCCUGAUCAUGGACGAAUUCUACUGCGGAUACAACUACACCACCAACUGCGACGGCACCGUCAUUUCGGCCGCCGACAACGUCGAAGACGUAGACGAGGACGACGUCCUCAUCAUCGACGGACUGACCAAGCGAUUCCGCCUCCCCGGAUGGCGAGUAGCGUGGGUCAUCGGCCCCAAAGAAUUCAUCCAAGCCAUCGGCUCCUGCGGUUCCUACCUCGACGGUGGCUGCAACGUGCCCUUCCAAGAAGCCGCCGUAGAGAUGCUCUCACCACCCCGCGUCCGCAACGAGAUGCGCGCCCUGCAAAUGCACUUCCGCACCAAGCGCGACUUCGUCAUUGGCCGUCUCCAGGAAAUCGGCUUCAAGUUCCCGUACAUGCCCAACUCGACUUUCUACCUGUGGCUCGACCUGUCGAACUUGCCCGAGGGUAUCAACGACGGUUUGAACUUCUUCCAGGCUUGUCUCGAGGAGAAGGUCAUUGUGGUGCCUGGUAUUUUCUUCGACUUGAACCCUAGCCGUCGUAGGGAUCUGUUUGAUUCGCCGUGCCAUCACUUUGUCAGGUUGAGCUAUGGACCUAGGAUGGAUGUUCUGGAGAAGGGACUGGACUCUAUUGAGAGGAUUGUUAAGAAGUACAGGGAAGAGCCGCAGAGGCAUCGCGCCGUAGCGCACAGGCCACGUGGUACUGGUGCGCCUAACUAG